AUGUCAAGAGUUCCUGCCCGCUCCCUAUAUACAGAGGUUCUUUUACAGGUCAACUCGUGUGGAGGGUAUGGGCCAUAUGUUGACCUGGUGUCCCCGCCACCAUCGUGGCCGAGGCCUUCCUCACUGCCGCCACAGGCGGACUCCACGCGACGCGAAUCCUUCCAGGAGCUAGCCCCCGACCCAAGGCCUCCCAAGGACCAGGAAGCCAAGGGCCCGACCAGGAGCCAGGGUCCCGACCAGGAGCCAAGGACCCCGACCCAAGGGUCCCGACCAGGGCAGGGUCCGAGGAGCCAAGGACCCCGACCAUCCCGAGGAGCCAAGGACCCGACCGGAGCCAAGGUCAGGAGCCAAGGCGUUCCCGACCAGGAGCCAAGGACAGCCCCAAGGCCCGACCAGGAGCCAAGGACCCGACCAAGCCAGGAUCCCAAGGAGCAAGGGUCCCCGACCAGGAGCCAAGGUCCGACCAGGAGCAAGGACCAGGAGCCAGGUCCCGACCAGGAGCCAAGGGACAGGAGCAGACCCCGACCAGGAGCAAGGACCCCGACGACCAAGGACCGCAGGCAAGGACCCCGACCAGGAGCCAAGGACCCCGACCAGGAGCCAAGGACCCCGACCAGGAGCCAAGGAGACCAGGAGCCAAGGGACCCCGACCAGGAGCCCCGACCAGGAGCCAAGGACCCGACCAGGAGCCAAGACCCCGACCAGGAGACCAAGGACCCCCGGACAGGAGCCCAAGGACCCCGACCAGGAGCCAAGGGGACCCCCGAACCAGGAGCCAAGGACCCCCCGACCAGGAGCCAAGGACCCACCAGGAGCCAAGGGUCCCGACCAGGAGCCAAGGGUCCCGAUCAGAGCCAAGGACCGACCAGGAGCCAAGGACCCCGACCAGAAGGGCCAAGGACCCCGACCAGGAGCCAAGGGUCCCGACCAGGAGCAGGGACCCCCAAGAGCCAAGGACCCCGACCAGAGCCAAGGAGGAGCCCCCCCGACCAGGAGCCAAGGGUCCCGACCAGGAGCCAAGGCCCGACAGGAGCCAGGACCCCCGACCAGGAGCCAAGACCCGACCAGGAGCCAAGGACCCCGACCAGGAGCAAGGAGCCCGAAGGAGCCUCCCGACCAGAGCCAAGGGCCCCGACCAGGAGCCAAGGACCCCGACCAGGAGCCAAGGACCCCGACCAGGAGCCAAGGACCCGACCAGGAGCCAAGGACCCCGACCCAGGAGCCAAGGACCCGACCAGGAGCCAAGGGCCCCGACCAGGAGCCAAGGACCCGACCAGGAGCCAAGGGUCCCGACCAGGAGCCAAGGACCCGACCAGGAGCCAAGGACCAGGAGCCAAGGACCCCGACCAGGAGCCAAGGGCAGACCAGGAGCCCCCCGACCAGGAGCCAAGGGCCCCGACCCAGGAGCCAAGGACCCGACCAGGAGCCAAGGACCCCGACCAGGAGCCAAGGACCCCGACCAGGAGCCAAGGGCCCCGACCAGGAGCCAAGGACCCCGACCAGGAGCCAAGGGCCCCGACCAGGAGCCAAGGCCCCGACCAGCCCAGGGCCCCGACCAGGAGCCAGGGCCACCAAGGGGACCAGGAGCCAAGGACCCCGACCAGGAGCCAAGGGCCCGACGGAGCCCCGACCAGGAGCCAAGGGCCCCGACCAGGAGCCAAGGAACCCCGACCAGGAGCCAAGGGUCACACCCCCCCUGCGAAGUCUCGUUCGGCGAGGCGUUGCCAUGAAUCAGCGGCCGGAGACAUAACGAGAAAUGCCUAUUACCUCAUGGCGCGACUGCACGACACGCGCAGACGCCAGUCCGAGGCUCCGCGGAUGGAAUAUUCAUCACGAAAAAAGAGGAAAUUCAAGAAAGCCUCUUUGGCCAUUGCAUAA